AUGCUUGACAGCAAGUAUUCAAGCAUAAAAGUACUGGAAACAAGAAAGCAGAAAGUUCUCCCUGCGAAUACACAGACACCUUCCACCGUCGACGAACUUGUUAGGUUGAGAGCUUCGCAAGAAGGCAAAGACGCCCCUAUCAUCGCUUAUCCUGAGCAAGGCACAUCCUACAACGAUUACACACCUAGCCAGCUGGACAGAUUUGUUGAAAGGGCAGCAUCGUUCUACGCAACCGCCAUUGCGCAAAGAUGGACAUCAGAUGAUCCAGUGCAGGUCAUUGGACUCUUGGGUCCCUCAGACUUUAGCUAUCUGGUAGCUUUCCUAGCAAUCUCGCGACUAGGACACUCAGUUCUGCUGCUUUCAACCAGGAUAACCGAUGAAGCUCAUGAGUCUCUCCUGUCGACAACAAAAGCCACUGCACUCAUCUAUAAUGAGGCUUUCGAGGCCACCGCUUCUGCAUUGAUGAGCCAAAAGCCCGGUUUGAAGAUCAUGCAGAUUUGUGACACCACAUCUUUGCCUACCACGAGCAACAACCUCAAGCCUGCGAACCUGGACGCAUCGAGAGAAUCUCAGAAUAUCUCCUUCAUAAUUCAUUCGAGUGGUUCGACAGGUCUUCCAAAGCCAAUUUUCCAAACACACAAGGCUUCGCUGUAUGCCUAUUCACAACACUUCAACCGCGUUGGCCAUAUCACUCUGCCGCUCUACCACAACCACGGCAUCUGUUGUCUUUUCCGAGCGAUCUGGGCUGGCAAGAAGAUCUACAUCUACAAUGCUAAGCUGCCUCUCACAUCUCAGCACUUGCUUGCGACGCUAAAAGAGCAUCCGGAUAUCAAGAUCCUGUACGCUGUUCCAUACGCCCUGAAGCUUCUCAGCGAGACCGAGGAAGGUCUGAAACUGCUCAGCGACCUCGACAUCGUCAUGUUCGGCGGAUCUGCAUGCCCUAAGCCUAUCGGUGACAGACUUGUUGACUCUGGUGUCAAUCUUGUGGGACACUAUGGUGCCACGGAGCUCGGUCAGCUCAUGACUUCGUUCCGUAAUCACAAGGAAGACAAAGGUUGGGAUUGGCUGCGUGUGGGUCCCAACUUGGAGCCAUAUCUCAAGAUGGAGGCCCGGGGUCCCAAUCUCUUCGAGCUGUGCGUCAUGGAAGGCUGGCCUUCCAAAGUGGCGACCAAUUGCGACGACGGUUCAUACGCAACCAAGGAUCUCUUCGAGCCUCACCCUACUAUCCCAAAUGCAUGGCGCUACUAUGCUCGUCUGGACGAUACAUUGGUACUUGAGAACGGCGAGAAGGCAAACCCUCUAAUCGCUGAAGGGGUCAUCCGACAAAGCGAGCAUGUAGCUGAGGCCAUAGUCUUUGGUGCCAACAAACCUCGACUUGGUGCAUUCGUAGUCCCCUCUGCUACAACACGACUCUCGGACGGGGCUUUGUUGGAUGCAGUCAUGUCUUAUGUCAACGAAGCCAACCAAGUUGCACCUUCAUUCGCCUAUCUAUCGCGGGAGAUGAUUAAAGUCUUGCCUCGCGACGUUGAGUUCCGUAAGACUGACAAGGGUACUGUCAUUCGCGCCGCUUUCUACCGGGACUUCUCAAGCCAGAUCGAAGCCGCAUACGCCGAUGAGCAGUCAGGAACUCUUGUACUUCCCAAAGACGAUCUGCUCGAGUUCCUUCGCAAGGAGUUCUCUCAGAGAGUCCAGCUCAAGCAAGGCGAGAGCUUCGACAAUAACACAGAUCUUUUCAGCCUUGGUGUCGAUUCUCUUCAAGCUAUUCAAGCAAGGAGUAACAUCAUCAAGACGCUCAAAGUCCAGGCGAAGGACAUCGGCAGAAACUUCGUCUUCGACUUUCCCACGCUGGACGAGAUGGCUAAUGAGAUCCUGCGACUUCAACAUGGUGCACCCAAACGAGUGAAGCUCAGCGUUGAAGCGCGCAUGGCCGCUAUGGUCGAGAAGUAUGCCGUAUUUGAGCAGCAUAAGCCAGUCGACAAGCCAGCUGAUGGCGCAUAUAUCGCUAUUACGGGUGCUACAGGCUCCCUGGGCGCACAUGCUGUCGCCAUCUUGGCAGCACAGCCAACCACGAAGAAGGUUUACUGUCUUGUCAGGGCCAAGGAUACCGAAGACGCUGAUGCAAGAAUUCGCCAUUCUUUGCGCGAGCGCUGUGUCCUCGACAAUCUUUCUGAAGCUGCUUUGUCCAAGAUCGUCGCCUAUCCUUCCGACUUUGCUGACGAACACCUCGGCCUUGGUUCCGAGCGAUAUGAAGCAAUCUCGCAAGAUAUCACGCACCUAAUCCAUUUGGCAUGGUCUGUCAACUUCAACAAGAGCAUUGAGAGCUUCGAGGCAGACUGCAUCCGGGGUGUUCGCAAUCUCACGACACUGUGUUUGCGAGCCAAAAGACCUCAGCCUGCGGCUUUCAACUUUUGCUCUUCGGUCAGUGCAACGGCCCGUACACCCGGCGGAAUCGUUCCCGAGGCCCUUCCUAAGUCCUUUGAGUAUGCACAAGAGAUGGGCUAUGCGCAGUCAAAACUGGUCGCCGAGAACUUGUGUGAUCGUGCUGCCAAGCAGACCACCAUGAAGUGCCGCGUCCUGCGCGUUGGUCAAAUCAUUGGCGACACUUGUCAUGGUGUCUGGAACGAGACAGAGGCGAUUCCGCUAAUCUUCCAGUCUGCAAAGUCGACCGGUGCAUUGCCUGCACUCGACGAGAACCCAGCAUGGCUUCCUGUUGACAUUGUCGCGAAUGCUUGCACUGAAAUCGCACUCAGCAACGCAGACAGUGGUGUCAUGAACAUUGUCAACCACAACUCUUUCCACUGGACAAGGGACUUGCUACCUCUUCUCUCCCAGGCCGGUCUUCCUUUCGAAGCAGUCAGCCAGCGUGAGUGGAUCCGACGUCUUCGGUCAUCCAAUCCCGACCCAUCUCAGAAUCCUUCGGUAAAGCUUGUCGACUUCUUUGCAAACAAGUACGAUAACGACAAGCCUCGCGAAUCAUUGAAGUUCGCAACAGACUCUGCUCAACGUCAUUCUCCUUCCCUCACGAGCGCUGGUGUCAUCGAUAUCGACAUUAUGCAGAAGAUUGUGAGCUAUCUCGAGGCAAGAUAUACACAGUAA